CCUACUAUAAUUUGGAAUAUGUUCCAAUGGAUCAACAUAUCAAACUGUAAAAUUGUAAAUUAACCACACCUCAUACAUCACGACUGUAUAAAUAAUAGUACCACCACCAGCACCAAGUAGUUGAACUCCCACUAACAACCUUACAGCCACAAAAGUUGGCCAUCAAAUUACCAACCAAAUCAAUUGACUCCUCUCUGGUCGUCCCCUAAACCACCCACAUAUAUAAAACGCCCCUCUUCCACCUCCAAAACACCCAACAAAAAACGAAACACACCCACCUCCAAACACAUCAAAAUCUCCUACACCAAAACCAGCCAACGAAAACAGCUCGAACCUUGUCCAACAAUGGCUUCAAGCGGGCUCCGAUUCGGCCUGGUUCUGGCCGUUGCGGCACUACUCUACACCGGCGCUACGGCGCAAUCGGGAUGCACCACCGCCCUGAUCAGCCUUUCUCCCUGCCUCAACUACGUCUCCGGGAACACCUCGACCCCGUCCAGCUCCUGCUGCUCGCAGCUCGGCAGCGUCGUCUCGUCGCAGCCGCAGUGCCUGUGCCAGCUUGUCAACGGCGGCGGCUCGUCGCUAGGCAUCACCAUCAACCAAACCCGCGCCCUCGAUCUCCCCUCCGCCUGUAAAGUCCAAACCCCGCCCGUCAGCCGCUGCAACGGAGGGAAUUCGCCGUCGGGUUCGCCUGCGGCGGGAGGGAGUCCACCGUCAGAUUCGUCCAACGGUAGCCCCGGGACACCCGCCGGGUCAGCCCCGAGCACUCCCUCAGACGACGGAGGUUCGGACGGUGGUUCUGAUGUUCCGACGACGAUUGGGACCUCGGGUGCGAGCACUGCCGUCGGGAGGAUGGAGCUGCCUGUCACUCUUUUCAUGGUGCUUGUUGCUUCAUCGUAUGCCUGGUUGUGAGGCUGGUCUCUCAGGGAAGGAUUGAGAUUAUGAAGAAUGAUUUGUGUUAAUUAAUUACCGCGUGCAUGCGGCCUUUUUCUUGCAAUUAUCGAGUUUUUGCUCUUAUAGUCUCCGGGUUUAUUUGUGUAUUAUUUGUGUGAUGUAUGAAGCAGUUCUGCGCGGAUUUGUUCCUAUUUCGAGAAUAUAUAACAGUACAUUAUUCUAGAUAUACAUCUUUU